AUGGAGUGUACACAAAGACUUGAAUUUACCCAACAACUUUAUGAAACAAUAACCGAGAGAGUAUGCUCCGAACAGAUUGGCUUUUUGGGCAUAUGUGGAGUGAAACAUCCAGUGAAAAAAGGCCCAAACAAAAUUGGAAGAGACCCUCAAACAUGCAGUAUUGUUUUGAAUUUAAAUUCAGUAUCAAGACAACAUGCCGUAAUAAAUGUACUAAACCAAAGAGAGUUUAUGUUGAUGGACUUAGAUUCAGCUAACAAAACAAAAUUAAUGGAUAAAGUUUUGUUACCAUAUGUUCCUGAACCUCUGAAGGAUGGUGACUUGGUCCAGUUUGGGGAUGUGUUUGGAGUUUUUAGACUUCUUGAAGAAAAUGAUGAUUUACCUAUGACACAGGCUAUCAACAUUCCAGAAACACCAGUUUCUACAAGACAUGUUAAGGUCGCUAAAGUUCCAAUAACCACAGUGCCCGAAUCUCCAGAUGUCAGUGACAGAGAUGAUUCAUUCAUUAUGCCAUCCCAAACCAAAGCAGAGAAAUGUUUUAAAAAUACUAACAGUCAUUACAUUAAACCAUCAUCAAACAUGAUAUCAAUACAGCCCAUGGGAUCAAGCAAAAUUGAUAAUGUUUACUGGAGCUCUUCAAAACAUUCGAUUUCACUAAAUUCACAAUUAGACGAGUCAAACAAUAAACAUGACAUUUUAAAAGAUCAUGUUAAUGGUGGCAUACAUGAAAUGGAAACACAAAAUCCAUUUUUAAAUGAACAAGAUAUCAAUCAAAGAUAUGAUAACAUACAUGACAUGGAAACACAGGGGCCGUUUUCAAAUAAAAAUGGUCCAGAUAAAGAUAAUAACUGCAUUAAUAUAAAUGAUAUGGAAACACAACUUCCAUAUCCAAAUGACAAAUACUUAAAACAUAAUAAUAACAUGAAUAAAGAAAAUAAUAAUAUAAAUGAAAUGGAAACACAGUUGCCAUUUGUAAAAGAGAAAUCUCCAAAACAAAACAAAUAUAAUAUUCAUGAAAUGGAAACUCAAGCCAUAACUUCAAGCCAACCAAAUGACAGUGUAGAUUCAAUUUAUACUGCCAACACCCAAAUACCAAAAUCUCCUAGUCUCCAUAGCUUAGCAACACAAUUACCUCAAUCAAGUAAGGAACAUUUACCAGAGAUUUGUAAGAUAGAUAACCAACAUGAAAUGCAUUUAGAUUUAUUUACGAUAAAUAAAGAUGACAAUAUGUUAACUGCUGACACACAACCCUAUUUUCCUCCACAAGAAGUAAAAGAACACCAUACAGACGCAUCAAAUUGUUCAAAAGUCUCUGUAAAUCUUGAGUUGGAUGCAUCUAAAGUUGUUUCUAACAAGUCUGAUGAUGAAAUUGUGUUGGAAGAAAUGGAUACUGAGCAUUUUGAAGAUAAUUUUGACUCUCAGCCUCUUUUACCAAUAGAAAACUUAGAACAAAGUAAUUUUGACCAUGAAAGAUUGAUUGAUAAAACAGAUAUAUUAAUAACCAAAAAUAAAAAGUUGACAACAGAAAUUUAUUCAGAUUAUUCAACAGGCAAUAAUAAAAUAAAAACAACAGAAAUUCAUUCAGAUAGUUCAACAGACUGUGAAGAUGUAAUAAUAUCACCUAACCAAAAAAACAAAAUUAACCAAGAAGAUGAUGACUUAACUGAUUGUGAAGACAUAUUAGAAGAUAUACCAAAAAAUAAGCCAGAGCCUAAAAUUGCAGUUACUAGUGUCUCAAAUGAUGGUUUUGAAGAUAUGCUUACUCAAAAAAUUGAUAACAAUUUUGAAGAGUUACCAACUCAAUUAAUUGCUGAAGAUUUUGAAGAUAAAGUUAUUGAUAAUAAUGUGGAGUUUGAAGAUAUGUUAACACAAGUAAUUGAUGUUGGAAACAUCAGUAAAGAUUCUACUGAGCCUAGUAUUUGUAAUCAAAAUGAUAUUGAAAGUCCUUUUAAAAUCCCUUUCAUAUCACCUUUAAAAGUUAAGAAAAAGGAUAUUAAAUUAGCUCUGACAAAAGAGAAGUUAAAAACAAAUAAAAAUAUACCAAUUGAUAAUGAUGAGAAUAAUUAUUAUGAAGCAACUCAAGACAUCUUGCAAGAUUUAUGUAGCCAACAGGUAGCAUCUGCACAAAAUGACAUUAAUAUAAAAAAUAAAACUGAUAGGAAAGGUAAUAAUGAGUCAGAUGAUGAAUUAGUUCCCUGCUCGGUUGAGAGUUACAAAACAGGCAGUAAAUUUCCAUACAUUGAAGACAAGUUCAAAGCGCACAAGUCCUCGGACAGCACUGACGAAGAUGAUAAAGAUGGAAUCUUGGUUGCAAAAAUGUCAAUUGAGGAAAUAAGAGAAGUAAUAGGUAUUGAUGCUCAAGUGGACAAACUCCGUAAACAACCAAGUGAGUCCUCUGACAUAGAGAUCACCCCAAAAAAAGUAAGGAGUACUAAAUUUAUGGAUGUGGAUUUGCCAAACAGUCAAGAAAUUAAAACCACAGUUUCCCGUCACUGCAAAGCUCCUGUAACAGAAUCUUCUAGUGAAUCUGAACCUGAAAACGAUUCGCAGGAACAGUGUACACCUAUCUUAUUCCGAAAACAAAGAAAACCUAAAAAAGAUGCAAAAAUAGAUUUAACAAAAAAAUUUGAUGUUGCUUCUCUGCCGACUAGAGUAAUAACACGUGUUCGAAAACCAACAACAAAAUUACAGGACAGUGAAUAUGUAGCUUCAAAAUCAGCUAUUGAAAUAUUAAAACCAAAAUUUAUCCCUGAUCAAGAAGAGGAAAUUGACAAGGACAUAAUACACGAAAACAUAUCUAGGUUGAAAAAUAAAACAGAGAAAUCGAAACAAAAAGAUAAUAAAAAUAACAAAAAAUCCAAUGUAAAAAAAAAGCGAGGAGAGGAAGAAAAUCUGAUUCGGCAACAACUUACAAAAGAAAACACAGAAAUUAAGGAAACAAAAACUUCUAUUGUCACUAAUAGUCUUGAAGGUGAUAAAAUUAUAAAUGAAAAAAUAAAAGAGAGAGAUAUAUCAGGGGUUUGCAAGAGUUCCAUGGGAGCAGCAUCUAAAUUAAAAUCAGAUAAUGAUGCGCCUAUUACUAAUGUAAAAUUAUCUACCGAAACAGACGACAAUUCAUGCAAAGAUACUAGUGCUAACAGUAUUACGAGAAGUACGCGUAGUACACGGAGUAGACGAAUGGUGAAUAUGGUAAAAGAAAAUUCACAAAAUGAAGACAAAACUACUCGGAGGAAACACAAAGAAAAUAAAUCAAUUUGUAAAAACCAGUCAAAUGAAACACCAAUUGUGAUAAAUUUAACAGAAGAUACUGUAACAGAAGUACGGCGAAGUAAAAGGCAAAGGACAUCGAAAGAGAAAAAGGAAGAUAAACUACAGGAAAAAGUUGAAAAAGUUUCCAAAUCUAUUUUAAGGAAAGACAAACUAGUUGGACACGAACAAAGCACUGUGUACAGUUUGUCUUCAGGAUCGGGUACAGAGUCUCCAGUGAAUUUAAAAAGGCCAGCUGUAAGUGAUCUAGAUCCACCCAGUACAAAACGAACAAGAUCCAAUGUAACCUCGAACAAUGCUUCCAUGAGGUCGACACCAGUUAGAAUUAAUAGAACGCAACAUGUGCUAUUCACAGCAUUUCCAUAUGAAGAAGUAAGAGUCAAGUUAGAAAAGCUAGGUGCAGUGAUAGUAUCAGACGUGAGCGCAUGCACGAUGGUACUUACUCAACAGAUUAAGCGUACAUUCAAGUUUCUGUGUGCAGUGGGACUGGGCAAGCCCAUCGUUGGUCCGUCCUGGGUUCAAGCUUGUGCAGAUUCCAAUAUGAUUGUUGAUCCUUGGUUGUACGUACUGAAAGACGAAGCGGCUGAGAAGAGAUUCCAGUUUAACUUGGAACGCGUAUUGCUGAGCAAACGCAACUUCCUUAAAGGCUACAAUAUGUCGUCAACACCCAAUGUCUUACCAAAUGCGGCAGAAAUGAGAUUAAUUGUCGAGAGUUCGGGCGGUUUAUGGAAGGAGGGUGGGUCCCAAUGGGUCUGCGUUUCGUGUAUAGCCGAUAAAGCCCUUUGGCCUACAUUGAAGAAAAGGGGGGCUACGGUAGUCACCGCAGAGUUUAUAUUAGGCGGUGUACUAAGACAGAAGGUCGAUAUAAAUUCAACUAAAUUGUAA